AUGGCGCUCAUGAACAGCCUGUACUGUUCUUUCUGGGAUCUGAACUACGACUGGUCUAUGCCGCUUAAUAUCAACAGCAAGCCAUAUCCGUUCUUACGCAAAACAUUGGCGUAUCGCAAGCAUGUUUGGUGGUACUAUGCAGCUAUGGCUGUGGAUGUGCUCUUGCGAUUCAAUUGGAUCUUUUAUAUCAUUUUCCAGCAUGACACCCAGCACUCGAGCUUGGUAAGCUUUCUUGUCUCGUUCUCUGAAGUGAUCAGGCGAAGCAUUUGGGUCUUGUUUCGAAUCGAGAACGAACACUGCACCAACAUCGGACGAUCUCGCGCUGCGCGCGACCCAGAAUUGCCAUUCGACCUGCCACCGUCGGAAUCGACCAGCAUACAACAGGCCGAUGGACCGGCGGACGACACAAGAAGCUCGACGAGCGGACGAGACGACAUCGAAACUGGCAAUGCACCAUCCCUUCGCCACAGACGGCCAGGAGUGGCUCCUCCAUCGACUGAAUCACCCGUGUAUCGUGCUCUCCAACGAGCUGGGACGACAUUCAUAUCAGCGCAUGCUAUGGAUUAUGAAAAGAAGCGUGUGGUGCAGCCAGUGGAUGAGGUGGACGACGAUGAUGAGGACGAGAGUGAGGAUGACUGA